AUGACUUUUCUUGAAGCUAAUCGAUGGGAACAAUUAUUUCAACGAUACUUUCCUCGAUUAGAAAAGUUUCAUUUUCAAUAUUACAAACCGUUGAAUUUUGAAUAUAAAUCCCCGAUAUAUCCUGAAGAUCCUAAUCCAUUCAUUUCGUCAUUUUGGAUUGAACGAAAAUGGAUAUUGGAAGCUGAAAUGCGUUCAUUCGAAGUUGUAUAUUCAAUUAGUCCAUAUAAAAAAAGAUGGUAUGAUGACAAUUCUUCUUCGGAAAUUUUUAAAUCUACUCGAUUUACAGUUACAUGUCUUCCUCGUCAAGAAGAACUAGAGAUAUUAAUGAUGAAUAUUAGCAGCAUUUUAACAUUGACACAAAUUUAUCAUUUAGAAAUUCCUCAACGACAAAUCUUUUCUAGUUCAUUAAUCGAUAUUAUAAAUGUAUUAUCUGAACUUGAUUCAUUCAAAAUUCAUUCUUUAUCAUUAUCACCAACAAGAAAUUCAUCUGUCGAAGAAAUAGCUCUUCGUAAUGUAUCAAAUAAAAAUAAAAUAACAAAAGUUUGUCUUCAAAAAAUGAUUGAAAUAGAAGAAAUUUAUUAUCUAAUGAAACUUUGUCCUCGUAUGAAUUAUCUUCAAGUCGAUUAUAUAAAUAAUAUUAAUAUUGAAUUAUUUGUACAAGAUAUUUUACAAAAAGUUCAAAAUGAACACAAUCAAUAUCUUCGUUCAUUAUGUUUUCUGGUUCCAACAAUAGAAAAUGAAAUGGUUAAAAAAUUAGAAGAAAUGAUUCAUUCUCAAAAAUUAUUCUUUCAUUAUAUGAUUAAGCGUCAUUAUACAAUUAAUCGUGUAGUGAAUAGUAUCUAUUUGGAAUGGAAAUGA